CCUGUGUCGGCCGUGUGCCGUCUUGUUUUUGUCAAGAGAAUGAAAGGCCGUUAUCGGUGAUUGCUUUUCAUCGAGUCCGUCAGCCCGGAAUACUGAAAGACUGCCAUUAAAACUCCCAGUGUCAACCGUCACGUUAAAUCGCUCAAAACUUAUUCAAGACACGCGCACCCUUGGAUCGAGUUUCACUCUUGUAGAAUCACAAUCGUAUUUUGUUUUCGUCUGAUGCGAGCUCAGUUUUCACUCGUUUACUACGGAGAAAGCUGAAAUCUUAUCGUUUGCCAUUUAGCUUCGUUGUCCAUUAAUGGAAGUAAUGGAACGCAGUUACGACUCACUGGAGAAAGAGGACGAAAGAUUAACGAAACACAUUUUUCUGCUUCGGCUUCUCGAUUCGUUACUGACGCUCUACGUAACGAGAAAAAAGGGGGGAAAACAGAUCAUAAAUUCAAGUGAAAGUGCAUUUUAUAUAAGAACGAAAAAUGGUGUAAAGUGGGAAAUUAAGCGAUGGAACUAUACUGUCCGCCGCUUAGAAAUGAGCUGGCUGAAUUUCCUGUGCAUCCAAUUAACUUUCUCCAGCCACUGCAACGUGUACUGAAGCUAUAAAAGAAGUGGCAUCUUAGCCACAUCGCUUUAUUCGUAGCACGUUCUAGUGACCGAAAGGACAUAUAUAGUCUGUUUCCAACUGUGAUUUGUUGUCUCGAUCGAAAUGUGGCUGUCCUACGCGUUACGUAUUAAGUCUAAUCAAAACAUGUUGAUGGCGUUGCUACUAUCAGCAGUUAUUGUUAGUCUGGACGCUAGCGCCAGCAAAACACGGCCGGACUCGUCCAAUUCAAUAGUUGAUCCCUUCCAAAUGGAUAAAGACCAACUCGCGUCAAUAACGGAUGGACGAUUAAUGUCUAAUCGAUCGGAUAACGACAUUAGUCAGCAAGAUAAACAGCUGGAUCUUCAAAACAACAGACUAAUGAAUUCCACAAACGACCCCGAGUGGACUGAUCAAGUGGAUUGGAGUGCCGUUUGGCCUUACUUCAACACCGGAUGCCUCCAAUGGCUGCCCCUCAAUCACGUCUAUUUCCAGUUAGCCAACGGUUUCCUCUUUCUGUCUUAUCUGGCUCCUGCGGGACUCUACGGACUCAUCUACCUGCGAUUGACGUUGGCCAUCGGUUCGGCUUUUCUAUCCCUCUGGGGAUGGACCAUCAUUUGCGCUUUCGAUACAUUUCUGUGGAACGCUUUUUUCUUCUUGAUCAACGCUGUUCAUGCCCUUGUGUUGCUGUUUUCUUUGAGGCCAUUAGCAUUCGACGACCAGGUGGAACAGGUGUACAAAAUCAUUUUUCGGCCGUUGAAAAUGUCGAAGCAACAGUUCAGAAAAGUGGCCGAAUGCAUCAAGUCCAUCCAGAUGUUGAAACGAGGCGAAUACUUUGCCGUGGAGCAGGAAACAUCUGUGGACACACUUUCUCUUUUGCUGUCUGGAACGGCGUUGGUUAUUGAUAAAGGCAGAACACUCUACGCUGUCUCUGCGAUGCAAUUCUUGGAUUCGGCCGAAUGGUUUGAUGUCUCAUCUUCCGACCUCUUUCAAGUGAGCGUUCAAGCUUGCGAAGAAUCGAGGGUUUUACUUUGGCAUCGCCACAAGUUGCAAUCGAUGCUGCGAAAGGAUGCGUUCCUUCGAUCCGUUUUCCACCAAAUCCUCGGGCGCGAUGUGGUUAGAAAGCUGAGCGAAGCCAGUCGGAAUACGAAAAUAGUGAAAUCGAAAGGCUAUCCGGAAGUGAAUCUGGCCAAUAAUGGAGUGUACACCGAAAAUGGGAAAUCGAACAAUCGCAAACCGUCAGUGAUUUCGGUCGUUUGUGCAGAAAGAGAAAACGCGCGUGAUGCCUCACGAUUAGAGUCAUCGGAGCAAUUGUCACUUUUGAACGAAACUAUUGUCAAGACUAUUCCCUACCGAUCGAAUGCUAAGAGGCCCUAAAUACUUGCCAAAGGCUGGAUUAGUUCCUGUUGUGUAGAAUAAACCCAAUACAACUUUCAAUUUAUUCCACCUAA